AUUUCCCCUUCCUGGCUGGAAUCAGGACUCGUCCGCCAUCUCCGAGUACAGCUCCGAGUCUGACGGCAGCACCGACAUGGCGUACGGAGACUCGAGCAGCUACAGCGAGAACGAAGACAUGGAGGUAGACGCAGAAGCAGACGAGGAGGAGGAGGGUGAGGAAGAUGAAGACCUGGACUGGUACUACGCCGUACCGAUCGGUCGGUGCAGGGGGAUCUUUACCAGCCUAAAGGACGCCUUCAGACACACGCGGGGGUACUCCCGCUCGAUGUUCAAGAAGUUCCCGACGUUUGAGGAGGCCCAUGAGUUCCUCAAUCAGUACGGACUUCGAGUCGAUCAUGGCUACAAUUACGCAGAUGGGACCCGACUUUGGUUCGCUUACGCCAUGAACAGCGGGGGUGGGGACUUCCCGGAUCCUCUGCACCCCAGCUCCUUGGUGGCAUUCUGUGGCGGGAGUGCACUUCGCAAUGGCGAGCCGGACUGUGACGCAGUGUAUGCGUGUGUUUUCCCACACCAGCGAGAUUGGGACGUUGUGGAGCAAGUGGAAGGGCCCUGGCCGACCAGUAACCGAGCCGAGUACAUGACAGCUUUGGCUGCACUGCAGCGUGCCAAUAUCGAGGACAAGCACAAAACCAAAGUGCUGUUCAUCUACUCGGACAGCAAGCUGCUGGUGGAGUCCAUGAGCAAGUGGGUCUACAAGUGGCGGAACAAUGGCUGGCGCACGGUGAACGGCACGGACGUCCAGAACCGCGAUCUUUUGGAGAAUAAUGGCUGCUCAAGGAAAUCGCCGAGUGCAGUGGUGUCGAGUGAAGGCGCAUAG